AUGAAGUCUUCACUCCUCCUCGCCAUGAUUCCCGCCGCCAUCGCGCACACGCCAGACUUCAAGACCUCAGAAGCCGGCAACCCGUUUGUCGACGGAUUCUAUGCCGACCCGGAUAAUGAAUUCUACAACAACCAGUACUGGGUGUACCCGACCUCCUCGUACGAAUAUGACAAGCAGACGUAUCUCGACGCCUUCUCGUCGCCAGACCUCGUCCAAUGGACCAAACACGCCAAUAUCCUCGUCGCCUCAGACUUCACGUGGGCACGCCGCGCCGUCUGGGCACCCGCGCCCAUCUCCCGCAACGGAAAAUACUACCUGUACUUUGGCGCCAACGACAUCCAGACCAACUCUGAACUGGGCGGAAUCGGCGUUGGCAUCUCCGACCAGCCCGAGGGGCCGUACAAGGAUGCCCUCGGGAAGCCGCUCAUCGGGCAGUAUUACAACGGUGCGCAGCCCAUCGACCAGGACGUCUUCAUCGACGACGACGGCCAAGCCUACAUCUACUACGGCGGGCACGGACACGCCAACGUUGCCAAGCUAAACGAGGACAUGGUGACCAUUGGCACCUUUGACGACGGCACGUCGUACCGGGAAAUCACGCCCGAGAACUACGUCGAGGGGCCGCAGAUGAUGAAGCGCAACGGCACGUACUACCUGUUCUGGAGCGAAGGCGGCUGGGGCGGGCCAGACUACGCCGUCUCCUACGCCAUGUCGACAUCGCCCACCGGCCCGUUCAAGCGUCUCGAAAAGAUCUUGCAGCAGGAUCCAGCCGUGGCCAGCGGCUCGGGGCACAACGGCGUCAUCCACGUCCCCAACACCGACAUCUACUACAUCGUGUACCACCGGCACCCGCUCGGCGAAAACAUUGACGCCAACGACCGGCACCUCGCCUACGACCGGCUGUACUUCAACGCAGACGGCACCAUUCAGCCCGUCCGGAUGCUGGUCCACGACAACUUCAACGACGGCAACAUGAUAGGGUGGACGACCUACGGCGGAUCCUGGGACGCCAAGACCAACGCCCUCAGGGCUGGAGCCUCUGCCGGCGGCAAAGCACUGCUCAAUACAAACUUUGGCGAUGUCGACUUCUCCGCCGACGUCAAGAUGCCCUCUGCCAACGGCGGCGACGCGGGCCUCGUGUUUCGCGCAUCGACGCCUGCGCUGGGGACGGAUGCGUACGACGGAUACUACGCCGGCAUUGGCACGUCUGGGAAACUGGUGCUGGGCAGGGCGGAGGGCGGUUCGUGGACGCAGCUGGCGUCUGUAAAGGCCGACGUCGUCCCUGGCAAGACGUACCGCGUGAGGGUGACGGCGAAGAAGAACGCAAUCAGUGUGUACGCGGGGGACUCGACGUCUGCGCAGCUUCAUGUGCUGGAGGGGACUUUUGGAAGCGGCAUGACGGGGGUCAGGGUGUAUCAGACGGAUGCCGUGUUUGACAAUGUUAGGGUUGAGCAUUUAUGA